GAGAUGUCUUUCGUGUGCGGAAUCAGUGGUGAACUGACCGAAGACCCAGUCGUCUCUCAAGUCUCAGGGCACAUCUUUGAUCGUCGGCUGAUCGUUAAAUUCAUUGCCGAAAACGGAACAGAUCCGAUCAGCCAUGGAGAGCUUUCUGAAGACCAGCUCGUUUCAUUGAAAAGUGGCGGCACUGGAUCAGCACCACGCAAUGUCUCUGGAACAUCCAUCCCAUCUCUACUAAAAAUGCUUCAAGACGAGUGGGAUACAGUAAUGCUCAACAGCUUCUCUCUCCGACAACAACUCCAAAUUGCUCGUCAAGAACUUUCUCACUCUCUGUACCAACACGAUGCCGCUUGUCGUGUUAUUUCCCGCCUCUCCAAAGAAUUGACCGCUGCUAGAGAAGCAUUGUCUACUUUGAAACCACACACAUCGGCGAAAGUUGACGAUGAUGUCAGCAUUGACGAGUCUGAAGAUCAACAAGGUCUUAGUGAGGCAAUUCUGGCAAAACUUGAAGAGAAAUCAAAGAGUCUGACUGCUGAACGUAAACAACGAGGAAAAAAUCUUCCUGAAGGACUUGCCAAAACAGAAGAGCUCGCCGAGCUGAAACAGACAGCAUCUCACACUGGAAUUCAUUCGACUGGAACUCCUGGAAUUACUGCAUUGGAUAUCAAGGGAAAUUUGUCACUUACCGGAGGAAUUGAUAAAACCGUUGUCUUGUAUGACUAUGAAAAGGAACAGGUUAUGCAAACAUUCAAGGGGCAUAACAAGAAGAUCAACGCAGUUGUUUUGCAUCCGGAUAAUAUUACUGCAAUCUCUGCUUCUGCUGAUUCACAUAUUAGAGUCUGGAGUGCAACUGAUUCGUCUUCGAAGGCUAUUAUUGAUGUCCAUCAGGCACCCGUUACAGAUAUCUCCCUCAAUGCAUCCGGUGAUUACAUUCUCUCCGCUUCUGAUGAUUCUUACUGGGCAUUCUCCGACAUUCGUUCCGGAAAAUCGCUUUGCAAGGUUUCAGUUGAACCAGGAUCACAAAUUGCCGUUCAUUCCAUCGAGUUCCAUCCUGAUGGUCUUAUUUUUGGAACUGGAGCUGCGGAUGCCGUUGUGAAGAUUUGGGAUUUGAAGAAUCAAACCGUGGCUGCUGCAUUCCCGGGACAUACUGCUGCCGUUCGUUCGAUUGCGUUUUCUGAAAACGGAUAUUAUUUGGCUACGGGAUCAGAGGAUGGAGAGGUCAAAUUAUGGGAUCUUAGAAAAUUGAAGAAUCUGAAAACUUUCGCUAACGAAGAGAAACAACCGAUCAACUCCCUGUCCUUCGACAUGACUGGAACAUUCCUAGGAAUUGGUGGCCAAAAAGUUCAAGUUUUGCAUGUGAAGAGCUGGAGUGAAGUUGUAUCACUUUCUGAUCAUUCUGGACCAGUCACUGGAGUUAGAUUCGGAGAAAAUGCUCGUUCAUUGGUGACGUGUUCAUUGGAUAAGAGUCUCCGAGUAUUCUCUUUCUAAUUGUUUUUAUUACCAUUUAUUACUAAGUUAUUCAAAAUUUCACCACAUUUUUCCCGUUUCGUUUCCUUGUUUUUUUUGUAUUCCGGAUUGUUCAGUCAAGUUGAAAAUAUUCCCAUCUAUAGAAAAGCUGACAAACUAUUAUUCUUUCUCCAUCUCUCGUUACCAUAUAUUAUCGAUUCCAAAAAUUCUCCUUUUCACUGUGAAUCAACAAAAAAAAAAGAGUUGAUUGGCUGUCUUCCUGUGGUGAGAUCUCUUUCUAUUUUUAUCUAUUGGAUUUUAUUUUGUUCACAUUUAUCUUUUUAACAGUUCAACUUUUCUCCAGAUUCCCCAAAUUUUAUUCAUUUCAUUCAAAAAUGAUCUGCAGCCAAUCUCCUCCGCUUCUAUCCCAUUCAUCUAUUCUUUUAUUAAAAGUAAUUUAUGCAA